UUAAUAUACCCAUGGACCAGCGCAUAUUUCAUCCUUAACGUCGCGGAAAAGUCUCGAAACUCUCUAGAUCGCGUAACCUUCAACGUCGGGGCAAUUGAGCUCUCUCUUGCUUUCUCGACUCUUCCUGUCUUCAAUAGUUAUACAUUUUUUCCCAAUAAUCACAAUUCCAAACCACAGCAUCGACAAACCUUUGCGCAUUCUCUGUGAUUUCUUUCAGGGAUCUGCCAAAGUGUCACGUCUUUGCAAUUUCAUUCAUUUUCAAACAAUAACAGUAAGAUUGACUCGGCACUUCCAUCAAAUUACGAACAACCUUUAGGCGGACUUUGCGAUCCGAAAGAGAUUCAACAUUUAUAUGGGAUUGGGUGAAUAAGUUGGGGUUUAGAGCAGGCUGAAUAUUAAGAGUUCAAGAGGGAAGGCUCUCGGAUUAUCCACAUUGUCUUAAUAGACAAAUAUACUUAAGCUCCGCCUCCUUUCAAUAAUUUCAACUUCUCUACGACAUUACAAGUUUCUACCAAGAAGGAGGAUCGUUGUGUUGCAGCGCAAUUUCAAAGCUACAUUAACUCACCAGAAGGGGCAUUGACUCUACAAUCCUGAAAUUCCAUCCAUUUCGCUAUCUAUUUCGCUCCUCACCAUUAAAAAUGUUUUUCCUCUACAAUCUUGAGCGUCAGGUCACCCUGCACCCAUCGUACUUUGGUCGCAACAUGCAUGAGUUGGUGACUGGCAAGUUGUUGAAAGAUGUUGAAGGAACAUGUACCGGUCUUUACUACAUCAUCACAAUUAUGGAUACCUUCAACAUUUCUGAGGGAAGAAUUCUCCCAGGAAGUGGAUUGGCUGAGUUCACUGUUGGAUAUCGUGCUGUAGUGUGGAGACCCUUCAAGGGUGAGACUGUCGAUGCUAUUGUAACCUCAGUCAAUGCUGUCGGUUUUUUUGCGGAUGCCGGUCCUCUGCCCCUCUUUGUAUCUGCACAUCUGAUUCCUCGUGACAUCAAAUUUGAUGCAAAUGCAACACCACCCCAAUUUACAAACAAUGAAGACUCUGUCAUUGAGCCAGGUACUCAUGUCCGAGUAAAGAUUAUUGGUACAAGACCUGAAGUUGGAGCCAUGUUUGCUAUUGGUAGUAUCAAAGAGGAUUAUCUCGGUUGCUUGCAAGCUUCAUGAUCCUUGAUAUAACUCGGCCCUAAUUAAACCCUCAACACCUUUCAAGCAUGUUCCAGUCACAACUUCAGGUUUUUAUGAUGCAAGACCUAAGCUCUCUUGAACCACACCACUAUUGUCAUUUCAUGGAGAUAUGACCUACCCCAGCGUAUUAGCUCAAUUCUUUGAGCUCUGAGGUGUAAUAAAGUCUACCAGCCUCACUAUGACAGGAAUUUGGGUGAACCCAAUAUUAUAAACGGAUAGAUGAAUGGAUAUCUAUCUCACAAGUAUUUCUGCUAUUAUUGUUUAGUGAUUGAUUCUGUGAAACACUUGCUAGGUAUUUUCUUCUACUUGGUUUAGUGAUCAGAUAAAAAUCUUACACGUUUUUUGGGCCAAAUAUACAAUAUCAUGCAUUUAAACUUUACUUCAACGACAGCACGAUUUGCAGCCAUUUAUCUAAAUUUAUUGUUCGACUAAUUCAAAGAACUAUUGUUGUAUUUUCUUGGGGCUCCAGCUGCUACUUCUUGUUGACAGUUCAACUCAGCAUGGAGUCACGCCAUUGUCAUUCUUGGUUCUACCGUCACCAAGGGCCAAUUUCGAAGCGUAGUUUGGGUACAUGAUUCUGAACAAAUGACCAGUCCGUCUGUCAGCCUAGUCUAGCAAAAUGAAAUUGUGCUUGAAAAUGCGAGUUUAAGAACUAGUGCGCUCACUUUAAAACGUCAUCUAUUCGUUGCAGUAUGAAUGAUGUUCCGAAAAUUGUAUUUUUUUGGUGAAUGUUAAUACAACAAUUAGCUUAUUGGCGAGCAGACUUCCCCGUAGAGUUCCCAGUGCAAUGGCAUGUCGUUUCUCACAUAUAUCUCCUACGCUCUUAUACGAACCGUUUCCUACACCUAGGCUACUUGCUUACGGUUCGUAGGUAAACCUGCUCAAUACGGCAGCUUUGUAACCUCAUGUUUAUACUGUUCUUUUUGGAUAUUACGGUCUUUUCAGCAUCAUAUAUUACUACAUAGUCGGCAC